CGAGCCAAGGUUCUGUACCUGCUCCCGCUUGAAUAUUAUUGAGAUUCACUGUAAAGUUCUCUACUUUAACAAAUAAUUUUCAGAAAAAUAAAUUACAAUCAAAGACCAUGGUUAGUCAGAUUAAUUCCUAAAUAGGUAGGUACUUUGAAUUCGAUAAAGUAUCAGAUGCGUUAUAGGUUUUAGUAUUUUACGAUUUUUACGUACCCUUUAUACAGCAAUUUAUUUUUAAUCAACUCACGCAUUUGUACUCUGAAGGUAUGUAAAAUAAUUAAUAUCCUGAAUUUCAAAAUAGUUGUUUCAAUGUUAAUUCCGACGAUAAACAUUAAGUAAUCUGAACAAACACAUGUAUUUAGUUUAUGUAUUUACAUUUACAUUGUCCACUGCAGCUCAAUUGGAACACGGGUUUAAAAUGGCACAUUCUUAGAUAAAUGCAUCCUUCAACAACAUACUUGUAUUAAGUACGCCAUCGUCUAUGGCACUUUAGAUAAUACUCCUGUUACAAACCUUAAAUUUUAUUACGUUCUUCUGCCAAAAUGACUAAAUGUUUAUUGAAAUUAAUAAAAACUGUUUGUCGAUCAAACUUGAAGAAAUUAUGAGUAAUGUAUAUGGUGGCAUUGUUGACUAUUUAGGGCUGCAUAAAUCUAUAUCAACAUAAGUACAUACUGGAGGAAAAUCAUAAAACGAAGGAAGAUCGCUCAAAGUAAACAAUUCUUAGAAUUAUAUCGGAGUUACCUCUAAAGGUUAUUCAUUGACCCAUGUUUAUAAACAAACAAGCCCAGUGACUCCAGAAUUCUAUCACUGUAUAUACUGAUACAGUUGAGACGACACUAAAUUUUGUGCUAUUGUAUCAAAACUAUUUACAAUGUUUAAGUUAUUUCUGUUUUUAAUUCUUGGAGCAUCAUGUCAUUGUUAUUUUACUUUGCCUGGAAAGUGUCCUGAGGGAGUAACUCUGCAACAAGAUUUCAGACUAGCAGACUUCUUUGGGACUUGGCAUCAAGCUUUCCAUUACGCCAGCGAUCAUCAGCAUCUCAGUAACUGCUCUACGCUAGAACUUCAGACUCAGAGCUCUGGCAUAUACCUGAACAUAUCGAGGGUAGACCGUGGUCUCUUCCACCGGUACAGCAUCGGUGCACUCGAAAUACCCACCAGUAUGGAUAAUGCUGCUAAAUUAGACGUCAUUUUCACCUUCAAGGAUGCUCCGAGACGAUUGAUGAGAAGACAGUAUCCGUUCCGUGUGUUGGCGACUAACUACAACUACUACGCAACAGUCUACACCUGCAGCUACAGCCCACUCAUUGAUAAACACUACAUAUACGUAUGGCUUCUCUCGAGAAAGCCCAGUCUCAACGUUGUAUCUAAAGAACUCGCCAUGAAGCCACUUCAGCAAUUGGGGAUUAAAGAGGAGGAUUUAAUUAAAGAAGAAACAAGCAAUUGUAGCCCCAAAUAUUACGAAGAUGUAAAAUCAGAACCAGUUACUUUCAGAUUCCCUGUUGUUGUCAAAGUUUGAAUUUCAAUUUAUGUACAUAAAAGUAAGUUAGUAGGUCAGGUAGUCUAAUCAAAUUAUAAAAUAUGAUUAAGUAUUAAGAAGCAAUGUUACACAUAUUUUAUUUCAAUACUGCAACAACAAAAAACAGACCGUACUCUACACGAUGUGAAAUAUUAAUACCC